AUGAAGGGGCUGACAGAUGUCGCUAUCAUCGUGGAAACUGGCGAAGCCAAAGUUGUGCAUGACUUCUGUGUUCUGCUCGGUUUCGGAGCCGAUGCUAUCUGUCCGUACAUGGUGUUUGAGACAAUGUAUCGCCUUCGAUACCUCGGCCUUCUUGACAAAGAACUCAAUGAUGAUAUGGUCUACCAAGGCUACCGUCAAGGAGUUGAACGUGGCAUUUUUAAAGUUAUGGCGAAAAUGGGAAUAAGUACGCUGCAUUCCUACAAGCACGCACAAAUCUUCGAAAUAGUCGGCUUGGCCAAAGAGGUAGUCGACAUGUGUUUCAAGAACACAGUUUCGCGUCUCGGUGGUGCCACGUUCGAGAUCCUGGCAGCUGAGGCACUGAAACGCCAUCGUUCCGCAUUCCCUGUUGUCGCUAAUGCCGACAAGCACGUUUUUGUCAUGUUGCGACUCAGGGCUUGCAAUUUUGAAGAUUGUUACUGUUCAGGAGACUCACGUGUUCUGGUUGCUUCCGGAACAUACCACUGGAGGGCUGGAGGAGAAAAGCAUAUCAAUGAGCCCGAGGCGAUUGCUAAGUUACAGGUUGCUUCUGCACGUUUCGGUGUCACCUCAGCUUAUUUGGCCAAUGCCGAUGAACUUCAAAUCAAAAUGGCCCAAGGUGCCAAACCUGGAGAGGGUGGUGAACUACCUGGUCAUAAAGUGACGAAAGAUAUUGCUGAUACGCGCAAAUCGACGCCUGGUGUUGGACUGAUCUCACCGCCACCACAUCACGACAUUUACUCCAUUGAAGAUCUCGCUCAGCUAAUUUAUGAUCUCAAAUGUGCCAAUCCUGAGGCACGUGUUAGUGUGAAACUUGUUUCUGAAGCAGGUGUUGGUAUUAUCGCAUCAGGUGUUGUGAAAGGUAACGCCGAUCAUCUCACCAUCUCGGGACACGACGGUGGCACCGGAGCUUCGAGUGCAGCAUAUCCACCUAAUAAGUGUCGUUUUAGUUGGACUGGUAUCAAGCACGCCGGUCUACCUUGGGAAUUGGGUGUCGCCGAAACUCAUCAGGUGCUGACGAUGAACAAUCUUAGGAGUCGGGUGAUCAUCCAAGCUGAUGGACAGAUCCGUACAGGUCGCGAUGUGAUGGUUGCGGCUCUUUUGGGUGCAGACGAGUUCGGUAUGUCUACAGCGCCACUGAUUGUGUUGGGCUGUACAAUGAUGAGAAAAUGUCAUCUGAACACUUGCCCAGUCGGUAUCGCCACCCAGGAUCCCAUUCUGCGAGCGAAAUUUGACGGUAAGCCCGAACAUGUCGUGAAUUUCAUGUUCAUGGUAGCUGAAGAAGUACGGUACUUCCUUGCAAGACUUGGUCUUCGAAAGCUUGAUGAGGCUAUUGGACGAACUGAUCUUCUCUAUGCAAGUCCGAAUCCUGUGAACAAGAAGGCGACACUCCUCGAAUUCGGCUCAAUUUUAAUGAACGUCCACCACAUGUUUCCACACAUAUCGACCAGAGGCGGAACAGUUAAGCAGACAAUCGAACUUGGUGAACUCGAACAGGAAAUUCUCAAAGGUCUCCCGCGGGUAUUUGACGAUCCUGGCGAACAUUUGGAGAUUACUGGCAAAACCAUCACUAAUCUGGACCGAGCGUUCGGCGAAUGUUGGCUGCGUGGAGUAGCUGGAGAACGUUUUGCCGUCAGAAAUUCCGGUUCAGUCGCCGUGGUUGAAGCGGUGGGAGACCAUGCCUGCGAGUACAUGACCGGAGGUCGUGUAAUUAUACUCGGAGCAAUAGGAAGGAAUUUCGCUGCUGCAAUGAGCGGAGGAAUCGCUUUCCUCUUCAACCAUUGCAGAGGCGACCCAUUCACCCAGCGAAUCAACGUGGCAACUGUGGACCUGGAUGAAGCAACCGAAGAGGAUUUGGUCUUCGUUCGCGAGAAGAUAACGCGAUUUGUUGAGCUGACGGGCUCGGAACUUGGUCAGCGCAUUCUGGACAACUGGCAAAAGGAGCAUGCGAAGAUUAUCAAGGUGUUCCCUCGAGACUACAAACGUGUUCUCAAGGAACAGGAAGAAGAAGAAGAGAAACGCAUCAAAGCGGCAGAAAAGGCGGAAAAGGAGGCUGAGGACGAAAAUAAUAAGCCAGGGCGUCAUCGUGAACGAGCGCUUUCCAUGGACAUGCAAAUCGCUCCAACACUCAUCCACAAGAAGAAACUUAUGGCCAAGAAGAAGCUCAGCCGUGACAAUCAAGCGAACGUACGACUCGAAGUGCCCAAGGUGGUGCAAAGUGUUGCGCAGCGCAAGCGUAAGUCGUCGAAGAAUCCUCGACCACAGGAUAUUGCUGGAUUCGAAGACGAGGAGGACCUACAGGAUGCUAAUGAGGAGAUCGAGGAGGAUGAAACAAAGUCCGAUAACGAUGAUGAGCUGUUAUUAUCAGACGAUGACGAGUUCCUCCAACAUAAUGACUUCCUCCGUGAUGUAAAAUCUGGUAUGGAUAUCGAAAACAUUACCGUUCCACCUCAUCUUAAGAAGGAUGACGAGCCUCUAGACAAGCUUCGCGGAUUUGUGAAAUAUAAUCGUCAGAGGAGGAUGUAUCGCAGUCCUGAGGAGCGCGUUAAAGACUGGGAUGAAGUGUACGACUUCGGAGCUGUUCGGAGUAAUAUCCGACAGCAGGCUGCAAGAUGUAUGGAUUGUGGUGUGCCGUUUUGCCAGGGCCAUACUGGUUGCCCGCUUGGUAAUAUCAUUCCGAAAUGGAAUGACUACGUAUUCAAGAAGAAUUGGCGUCAAGCUCUUGAACAGCUUCUGCAGACAAACAAUUUCCCAGAGUUCACGGGAAGAGUUUGCCCGGCGCCUUGUGAGGGUGCGUGCUGUCUUGCCAUUUCAUCACCUGCUGUUACCAUCAAGUCGAUUGAAUGUGCAAUUAUUGACUAUGCAUUCAUGCAAGGAUGGAUUCAUGUUCGUCCACCUCUUGAAAAUACUGGAAAGCGCAUAGCUAUCAUCGGAUCCGGGCCUGCAGGAAUGGCCGCAGCCGCGCAGCUGGUCAAAGUAGGUCAUACAGUAGUCGUAUACGAGCGGAAGAACCGAGUUGGUGGCCUGCUUAGGUACGGUAUACCGUCGAUGAAACUUGAUAAGUACAUUGUCGAUCGACGGGUAAAACUGCUCGAAGACGAGGGAGUUCGUUUCUUAACGAAUACGGAAAUCGGAAAGCAUGACAAUGACGCUAUCAUCGUCUGUACUGGUUCUACGACGCCACGAGACCUUCCAGUAAACGGUCGCGAUGCGAAAGGUAUCUGCUUUGCAAUGGAGUUCCUGGAAAAGAGUCAACGCCGUCGUGCUGGUGAUGAUGUACCUUGGGAAGGUCUAGAUGCGGCUGGAAAGCGAGUAAUUAUCCUUGGGGGUGGUGAUACCGCUACUGACUGCAUAGCUACUAGUAAUCGUUUGGGUGCAAAAUCGGUGCAAGCAUUCGAGAUCCUGCCAAAGCCGACGGAAGGUCGCAAGCCAGACAACCCAUGGCCUGAAUGGCCGGUGAUAUUCAGAAUUGAUUACGGCCAUGAAGAAAUGCAUAUGAAGACUGGGAAAGAUCCGCGAACGUAUUCGAUUUCCACAAAGGGUGCAAAAUCGGUGCAAGCAUUCGAGAUCCUGCCAAAGCCGACGGAAGGUCGCAAGCCAGACAACCCAUGGCCUGAAUGGCCGGUGAUAUUCAGAAUUGAUUACGGCCAUGAAGAAAUGCAUAUGAAGACUGGGAAAGAUCCGCGAACGUAUUCGAUUUCCACAAAGGCUUUCUUGACUGCUGAAAAUGCUGCUGGUAUCAAGGUGGUUACAGGUCUUGAGAUUGUCGAAGUUGAGUGGGAAAAGGAUGAGAAGGGAGCCUGGAAACUGAUAGAGAAGCCUGACACGAUCCGUACUGUGGACUGCGAUCUGUGCAUACUUGCGAUGGGCUUCGUCGGUCCUGAAAAGACAGUCAUCGAACAAUUGGGCCUCAAGUCCGACCCGAGAUCGAACAUUCUCACGCCAAAGGAUAAAUACAACUCCGAUGUAGCCAAGGUAUUUGCUGCGGGUGAUUGCCGCCGUGGUCAAUCUCUAGUGGUAUGGGCCAUUCAUGAAGGCAGACAAGCUGCUAGACAGGUCGAUGAAUACCUCAUGGGUAAGACGACAUUAGCAGGACCAGGAGGCAUCGUUACAGCUCGGAUGACUCACAAAGGUCAUCGAUAG